GAGGCGGCCUUCGCGCCGGCGCCGGCGCCCUGCGGAAGCGGCGUUAGUGAAUCGGGGCCUUGGGGAGCCCAGGAUGGAGGUGGCGGUCGCGGCGGCGGCGGGCCGAGCCCUGCGGAGGGCGGGAGGAGGUGAGCACCAGGCCCGCUGAGCCUCUGCAGAGCUGCCAGCCAUGCCCGGGAUUGUGGUGUUCCGGCGGCGCUGGUCUGUGGGCAGUGACGACCUUGUCCUGCCAGCCAUCUUCCUCUUCCUCCUGCACACCACCUGGUUUGUGAUCCUGUCUGUGGUGCUCUUCGGCCUGGUCUACAACCCAAACGAGGCCUGCUCCCUCAACCUAGUGGACCACGGCCGCGGCUACCUGGGCAUCCUGCUGAGCUGCAUGAUCGCCGAGAUGGCCAUCAUCUGGCUGAGCAUGCGCGGGGGCAUCCUCUACACAGAGCCCCGCGAAUCCAUGCAGUACGUGCUCUACGUGCGCCUGGCCAUCCUGGUGAUCGAGUUCAUCUAUGCCAUCGUGGGCAUCGUCUGGCUCACUCAGUACUAUACCUCCUGCAACGACCUCACUGCCAAGAAUGUCACCCUCGGGAUGGUCGUCUGCAACUGGGUGGUCAUCCUCAGUGUCUGCAUCACUGUCCUCUGCGUCUUCGACCCCACGGGCCGCACCUUUGUCAAGCUGAGAGCCACCAAGAGGCGGCAGCGCAACCUCCGGACCUACAACCUCCGGCAUCGCUUGGAGGAGGGUCAGGCCACCAGCUGGUCGCGCCGGCUCAAGGUGUUCCUGUGCUGCACUCGGACAAAGGACUCCCAGUCAGACGCCUACUCAGAAAUCGCCUACCUCUUUGCCGAGUUUUUCCGAGACCUCGACAUCGUGCCAUCCGACAUCAUUGCUGGCCUGGUGCUGCUCCGGCAGCGGCAGCGGGCCAAGCGCAACGCCGUGCUGGACGAGGCGAACAAUGACAUUCUGACCUUCCUGUCUGGGAUGCCAGUGACCAGAAACACCAAGUAUCUUGACCUCAAGAACUCGCACGAGAUGCUCCGCUACAGAGAGGUCUGUUACUACAUGCUCUUCGCCCUGGCCGCCUAUGGGUGGCCCAUGUACCUGAUGCGGAAGCCGGCCUGCGGCCUCUGCCGCCUGGCGCGGUCCUGCUCGUGCUGCCUGUGCCCCGCGCGGCCCCGCUUCGCCCCAGGAGUCACCAUCGAGGAGGACAACUGCUGCGGCUGCAACGCUAUCGCCAUCCGGCGCCACUUCCUGGACGAGAACAUGACCGCGGUGGACAUCGUGUACACCUCCUGCCACGACGCGGUCUAUGAGACCCCCUUCUAUGUGGCAGUGGACCACGACAAGAAGAAGGUGGUGAUCAGUAUCCGGGGAACCCUUUCCCCCAAGGAUGCCCUGACAGACCUGACCGGUGACGCCGAGCGCCUCCCCGUGGAGGGGCACCACGGCGCCUGGCUGGGGCACAAGGGAAUGGUCCUCUCGGCUGAGUACAUCAAGAAGAAGCUGGAGCAGGAGAUGGUCCUGUCCCAGGCCUUUGGGCGAGACCUGGGCCGAGGAACAAAACACUACGGCCUGAUUGUGGUGGGCCACUCCCUGGGUGCAGGCACCGCCGCCAUUCUCUCCUUCCUGCUGCGCCCCCAGUACCCUACCCUCAAGUGCUUUGCCUACUCCCCACCAGGAGGCCUGCUGAGUGAGGACGCCAUGGAGUACUCCAAGGAAUUUGUGACGGCCGUGGUUCUGGGCAAAGAUCUUGUCCCCAGGAUCGGCCUCUCCCAGCUGGAAGGCUUCCGCAGACAGCUCCUAGACGUCCUACAGCGAAGCACCAAGCCCAAAUGGCGAAUUAUCGUGGGGGCCACCAAAUGUAUCCCCAAGUCGGAGCUGCCUGAGGAGGUCGAGGUGGCCACCCUUGCCAGCACACGGCUCUGGACCCACCCCAGCGACCUGACCAUCGCCCUGUCUGCCAGCACCCCUCUCUACCCACCCGGCCGCAUCAUCCAUGUGGUCCACAACCACCCAGCAGAGCAGUGCUGCUGCUGUGAGCAGGAGGAGCCCACGUACUUUGCCAUCUGGGGCGACAACAAGGCCUUCAACGAAGUGAUCAUCUCGCCGGCCAUGCUACAUGAGCACCUCCCCUAUGUGGUCAUGGAGGGGCUCAACAAGGUGCUGGAGAACUACAACAAGGGGAAGACGGCCCUGCUCUCUGCUGCUAAGGUCAUGGUGAGCCCCACUGAGGUGGACCUGACUCCCGAGCUCAUCUUCCAACAGCAGCCGCUGCCAACGGGGCCACCCAUGCCCACUGGCCUCGCCCUGGAGCUGCCCACCGCGGACCACCGGAACAGCGUCAGGAGCAAGUCCCAGUCUGAGAUGAGCCUGGAGGGCUUUUCAGAGGGGCGGCUGCUGACGCCAGCGGCGGCGGUGGCAGUGGCCCGCCAGGACCCCGUGGAGCUGCUGCUGCUUUCCACCCAGGAGCGGCUGGCGGCCGAGCUGCAGGCCCGGCGGGCGCCCCUGGCCACCAUGGAGAGCCUGUCCGACACCGAGUCCCUCUACAGCUUCGACUCCCGCCGCUCGUCGGGCUUCCGCAGCAUCCGGGGCUCACCCAGCCUCCACGCUGUGCUGGAGCGGGACGAGGGCCACCUCUUCUACAUCGACCCCGCCAUCCCCGAGGAGAACCCGUCCCUGAGCUCGCGCACCGAGCUGCUGGGGGCCGACAGCCUGUCCAAACACUCCCAGGACACGCAGCCCCUGGAGGCGGCCCCGGGCAGCGGGGGCAUCACCCCCGAGCGGCCCCCCAGUGCGGCCGCCACCGAGGACGAGGAGGAGGGCGGCGGUGGCGGCGGCGGCGGCGGCGGCGGGGUGGCCGCCGGAGCAGAGCUGGCCCUGCACAACGGGCGCCUGGGGGACUCGCCCAGCCCUCAGGUGCUGGAGUUCGCGGAGUUCAUCGACAGCCUCUUCAACCUCGACAGUAAGAGCAGCUCCUUCCAGGACCUCUACUGCAUGGUGGUGCCCGAGAGCCCCACCAGCGACUAUGCCGAGGGCCCCAAGUCCCCCAGCCAGCAAGAGAUCCUGCUCCGCGCCCAGUUUGAGCCCAACCUGGUGCCCAAGCCCCCGAGGCGCUUCGCCGGCUCAGCGGACCCCUCCUCGGGCAUCUCGCUCUCGCCCUCCUUCCCGCUCAGCUCCUCGGGCGAGCUCAUGGACCUGACACCCACGGGUCUCAGCAGCCAGGAGUGCCUGGCAGUGGACAAGAUCCGGACUUCUACCCCCACCGGCCACGGGGCCAGCCCCGCCAAGCAGGACGACCUGGUCAUCUCGGCACGCUAGCACCCCAAGAGUGACUGCCGGCUGAGGCCCGGGUCAGGGGGGAGGGGGGAGAGCAGGUGGCCCCUCGGGCUCCUGGUGGCUGCCCCCAGGGCCAAACCGCUUUGAGGAGAGUCCCCCCCCCCCCCCCCCCCCGCCGCAGGGGCCAGUUUAGCCUCAGGCAUGGGGCACUGCUGCUGAGCUGGGGGUCUGCAGCCCUACCUCAGCUUAGGGCCACCGGGGCGGGGCGGGAUCCAGGUCCUCUAGAUGGGGGAGGAGUGUGAAGCAGGGAGGAGCCUGGGGCAGCCUGUCAGGUGGGCAGGGCAGCACUCCGCCCUCCCAGCCUCACUGUGCCCCACAGGACAGGGGCCCGUGGGUCUGGCAACUCCCCAUCACUGCCCUCCGGCUGCUCUCCCGGGGCCGAGAUGGAGAGCGGCUCUCUCCCCACAUACUCACAUCUGUGGUCCAGGCUGGCAUCUGCCCUGGCCACCCCCCAGAUCUGGUGCCUGCUGGCCAGCCCCCUGGGGUGACCCCACACCAAGAUGGCCCGCAGUGCUGUGUAUGUUUACAGAUGCUGCUGGGCUGGGCUCAGGGUGUUUCCUGGGCUUGCAAGCACCCCCACCCCACCCUGCCCCAUCAUGGGUUCGAGCAGGGAGGGGAGGGGGCCCGUCUCCACAGAGCCCAAGGCAGCCACGGGGCCUGCAGGGGGCCUGGAGGAGAGUGGGGUCGAGACUACCCCUUCUCUGCUUGGUGCCCCUCAUGAUGAUCCCUCUGGCAAUGGGUCCGAGGUACCCUGGCCUGACCCAUCUGCCCAUUACUUCCCGGCUUGCCUUCUACCCCCGGGGAUCCUGGCCACUCAAAGGGCAGAAGUCACAGGUGUGACCACCCCUGGCUGCAGGGUCAGUGCCCUGGGAAGGAGGGCACCCAAAUCCCCCUUCCUUUGAGGGCCCCAUGUAACCCCUUUAUAUCACCUCGCCCCCACGCCUAGGCAGCCUCAGGCCCUGGGAUCUGAAACCAAACACACCUCCGUUCCCCUCAGCGCCCCCUCCUCACCGGCCUGAGCUCUGUCCUAGCAGCAGGGCUUUCUUCCCCCCCCCCCCCCACCCUCGAUGUCCUGUUGGCAGGACCUGGAGCCAAGAGUGGUGCAUUGUGGGACCGGGCUAAAGGGGGAGAAGGAGGGCCAGGGGCUCUGGGGCCUUCCCCGUUCAGCUGGAGGCCUCCACAGCCCACGUUUGGGGGGUUCCUUCCCUGCUGGGUUGGGGAAGCAAGGGGGAGUCGGAGAACGCCCCCCACCCUGGCCCGGCCCGGGAAAGCUGGCCGGGGAAGGUGUGCAUGCUGGCGUGGGUCGUGUUUGUGCAUGUGCAUGAGUGUGCGCCGCUCCGGAGGGAAGGGGCUGCUGGGGCUCCCAGCCCACCCGACCUGCCCUGCCUGCUUGCUGCCCCUCCCAGCCCACCGAGAACCUAGACUAGGAUGGGGGCCUGUGCGGGAGGGAUGCAUAGGGCGAGCUCAGUUUCAGAUGUCGCCAUCCCCCGUGUCCUUCCUGCUGCCCUGACCCCGGGUCUGGAAAACUGCUGUGUGCCCAGGCGCUGACCGCCCGCUUGUGCCUUCGUCUUGGAGGCAGACCCCCCCCACACGCUGGCCCCUCCAUGGCCUCUCCGGGGCUGCUAGACUCCCCUGACCAAGAAACCCGCCCCCCCCCCAAUCUCAUGAUCACUGGUAUCUGGGGCCUGUGUCCUGACCUCCGGCCCACACAGCUGGGACUGGCCCGGAUGCUGCUCUGGGUCCCCUGCCCACCCUGACAGAUGGAGACAGAGAGUGGGGAGCUGGGCCUACCUCCCUCUCUGACAAGCACCCCCCCCAACAAGACUCCAGGACGCCCCUGCUGAGGGGCCCGCUGCUGGCAGAGCCUGGGCCCGGCAGAAGCAAGAUAGAAUCAGUGGCUCUUAAGAGUUUAAAAAAAACAAAUCGUAAAUCAGAGUAAAGUUCCAACAAGCACCUCAGCCAAUUGCUGGGCGAGACUUGGUGUCUGGCCUUUUAAUUCUUCCUCUGCUAGGGUGGGCCCUGGGACCUCUAAGGGGGCGUGGUACCUACCCAUGCCCAGGACUGAGCCAUCAGGGACAGACUCCCCACCCCCAAGGCUGCAGCCGCGCAGGGUUACAGACUUGGGGCUGGGGCAGGCUCGGACUCAGCCCUGGAUGCCCCAGGGUCAGCCCGCCCCGAACCCGCCCCCUGCCCCCCACAUCCCUGAAGGAGUGGGCCUGCUGCGCAUCUCUCCCUUCCUCCCCACACCACACUUUGGGGGGUCUGAGCCACCCCCCUCAGCCCAGCUAGGCUCAGACCCACCCCCACUCGCUCCCCCAGACCGCAGCACAAACUUUCCCAGCCGUGCGCUGGCCUGUUCUCCCAGGGGCCUGGGUGACCUCCAUAUGCAAUCGGUGGCGAGCAGCUGGGCCCCAGAGACACUCAUGCACUGUCCGUGCCAUUCGCCCACGACUUUUUGUACUUACUGUAUGAAAGAUCCAAACUAAUAUUGCUGUAAAAAGGAGAGACAAAUUAAUAUAGCUUAUUCUAUAAAUAUAUCUGUAUAUAAAGGUUUCUGUAUAUUGUAUAGAGCUGUGUAUAAACUGGAUGU